GCGCAGUUCAGUACAGUUCAGCGUGCGGAUGGAUGAUGUAGAAGUCGCCCGACCAUCAGGUCAGCCUUUCGAAAAGAUCGCCGGUGUUUUUUAAUUUUUUCGUGAAAUGUGACAUUGAUGUUCGAGUGUUAGUUCUCCAUCGGAAGGGUUGAUGAAUAUGUCCGACGCUGCCACUCAAGAUGAUACUUGGGAGGAUUUUUUUGGAUCGUCUCCGGAUUUGAUGCCGAGUAUUAUGGGCGCAUUCGAUGCCUACUUGCAUCAGAAGAGCUCAGAACACGCUAGUCUAGACCCGCAUAGAACCUCCACUCCUAAGCGCUCCCAUCAGCUGGGAGGGUUCGCCCAUUUGUCGCCCUGCGUUCAGAAAAUCCUCAGCAACGUUCCCGAGCAGGAGAUCAGCAAAAAGUUCAGCUCAGAAGAAGCGUUGGGCCCGAGGCGAAGCCGGUUUGCCUACAGGAGUCUCAGGGGCGCCGAGCGCAAUUCCACAAUGAACCGCAGCACUGAGAACUUGGACAUUAUUUCACCAGGCGUCCACAAAAUGCUGUCCAACCUUCAGGACUCGGAGCUGGUGAUCAGCACCAGCAACUUGCACGUCACCACUUCUACCACGACCAGAACCAUGACGAAAAAUCAGUCGUACCUGUUUUCGCGUGGUACCAGCGAACGGAAUAGACACUGUCGCUACGCUUCCACCAAUGGUGAUCAGUCCAGUGGUUCUGUUGAUGGUGAUGAUGGACGGCCGACUAAUCAGGACGGUUCUGCGGGUGCUGGUGAAUCGGGCAGUGAUCGCGUGAACGGACUGGCGAGUGAUAACAGUGAACGGGUGGGGAAUAGUGACGGAUAUUCGGCCAUCCCAUUGGGCAGCUAUUUGCAUUCGGAUAAGGGCAUUGCGUCUAGGACGCCGGUCGGCAGGAAGAAUUUGGGGAAAUAUUUGCAGGUCCCCAGCGAAAGCUCCACCGGCAUGACCAAUAGCACGGUCUCCUCGUCGGAAGUGUCCCGACCGGUGUCCCUAACCAGCCUCGGAUCCUGUUCGUCUUCGGGCAGCAGCAACGGACCUCUACAUCAGCCUGGAUCGGCCUAUCUGGCUUCAGCUGAAAGUCUGGAUAGCGAUCCGGAACCGGCAGGAAGUCAAGGUUCAGCAGACAGCGGCAUUGCCGAACAGGAACCGCAAUCCAUCAAUCCCGAGCAACGCGUCCUGCAAGAAGUGCUCGACACCGAAACUGUGUACGUUGCCGCUCUUCAAGAAGUCAUCCAGGGUUACUUAGAGCCUUGGAGGAACGACCCAGACUGUCCACUGGGUCAACAUCUACAAGACCUUUUCACCAAUUUGGAAGAAAUCCAUGAAUUCAAUAGACAAAUUCUUGAAGACCUUCGCAAGGCCAACCUAGACCCAACCAAAACAGCCAACGUGUUUCUUCAGCACGACGGCGGGUUCAAAGUGUACAACGACUUUUGUGCGCGUUAUCCGCGCACCAUGGAAGUGCUCAGCGCUCUGCAGAGGGACGACGAAAUCUCCCCACUGAUCAGGGAGAAGCAGCUGCAGCUGGGCCACGCCCUGCCGUUGGGCAGCUACCUGUUGAAGCCCGUGCAACGCAUCCUCAAGUAUCAUCUUCUUCUCCAGAGACUAUCCAAACAAUGUGAGCCGCAACACAAACCCACUGUGGACUUGGCGCUGACUACGAUGACUGCCGUAGCCGCAGACAUCAACAACAUGAAACGAAAGCAUGAGGAUGCUGUUCGGGUGCAGGAAAUCCAAUCGCAACUAUACGGAUGGACGGGGGCUGAUCUAACCACCCUCGGGGAGCUGAUAGCCGAGGGCACAUUCCGGGUCCAAGGCGCCAAAGGCCGCAGGCACGUCUUCCUAUUCGAGAAGGUCCUGCUGUUGGCCAAAAGUAAGACUGAGGGCGCUUUGGCCUACAAAACCCACAUCGAGUGCUCCAACUUGAUGCUAGUGGAACAAGUGCGAGGAGAGCCGCUCUCCUUCCAAAUACUGCCGUUUGAUAACCCGCGCCUCCAAUGCACCUUGAGGGCCAGGUCUCCGCAACACAAGCGGGAAUGGACGUUGCAGAUCAAAAGGGUCAUUUUGGAGAACUACAGUGCUGUGAUACCCAACCACGCCCGGCAGCUGGUCAUGCAGCUGGGACAGGAUGUUCAAGAUAAUGAGGAUACAUCAGAUAGAUGGUCGCCGCUGAAGCACAAUUCCAUCACUCCCCAUUACUUGGAGAGACGGACGCGUGUAAGGAAAACCCGAGAACUGUCCAAGGAAAGGUCGGUGUCCCAGGACAGGGUGUUUACAUCGUUCGGAAGUUGGCGACGAAAGUCUGAGCCCAGCAUGAUUCCGCAGCAGUACGACGCCAAAGUGAUACCAAAAAAGAUCUCAAAGCUGAAAAAGUCCAAAGAGACUGGCAGCUCGACCUUCUACACGGACUUGUCCGACUUGGAGAACUGCGACUUGGCAGCGGAAUCGGUGGAGAGUCUCUCCAGCAAGGUGCGGGAGGACAGCAAAGAGGAGCCGGAUGGGCACGUGGAGGAAAUCAGCCCGAAAACAAUCGAGAGCAAUUUGGAGAAGAUCGUUUCCGAGCUGCUGAUGCAGAACCAGGACUUUCACAAGGUGUUCAACAGGAGUCUUCACCAGAACCCACGCCACCCUAGACGCAAUGUCACUAGCGAACCGGGCCCCAUUUGGUACGACGAAAGACCGGAACUUCCCAGCAAAGCUGACUCGUUGCCGCGCUCCUUCCAAUUAAACGACCCCGAGCUGGCUCAGGAACCCGAUGAGAAAAGUGAGGAGUUUAGAGAGCCGCAACACAAUGAUAUGUCCUCCCGCCUGGACGAAACUGACCAUCCAGAGUACAAGAUUUACCGCAAAACCCCCAUUCGGCUCAGUAUCCUGCAGCGGUUGCGGAUGGUUCUGUCUGAAGACCAGCGACGGAACAAGUACCCAUUCCUGAAACAGUCGGCGUGUAAAACCACGGGGGAGAAGCUGGCCAAUCCGGACUACGUGGAUCCGCAGACACUAUUUGCCAGUUCGCGCAACAAUAGUCAAGCGAGCCUAAGUCUGGAUAGCGGGGUGGCCAGCGGCUGCUUCGAGCCUCCUGAGGACUUCAUGGGCGAGCGCGUCGAGCUCGACAUGUCGCUCAAUGAGAAAGAAGUACUGAGGGAGAUAGACCAAAGGCUGAGCGAACCUAGUCGGACGUCGCCUUCGGAUAGCUACUACGAAAGCAUCCUGGAUAGUUCGCUCAAGGAGGAGUACGUGCAGGAUAAAGCGACUGGGAAGAUGGUGGCAAAGUCCGAUAGUUUCACCAACAACGAUCGGAUGUGCUUUACUUUGGCCAGCUCUGCGCCUCACAGCCAGAGCAAGCAAGUGCUCAAACGACCCACUAAAGCCCCACCGCCGAUUCCUGCGAAGCCUUUGAGACUGACCAGGAGCGGCCCUGGCAAACACCCGGCAAAUGGCGAAAACAGCCAAACUAGUUGGGUCAAGGCUAUGGUGGGCCGCUUUGAAUGAUUCCACUCUACUUUUUAACAUAUAUUGACAAUAAUGACCAACUUGACCAAUUAGCAACAAUCCUGCAGGGUUUCCCACCUUUUUAAUUUAUUUUUGUCAAUGCCAGAUGAGUGAAGCCGUCUGACCCGGCUGUUGUAAAUCUAGCAUGCAUUUUAACAAAAUGUAUAGUUUAGUUCCAUUGUUUAAGUCGCUCGCUUGUUUUUAUCGUUCAUCUUAACUCUUAAGUUAAGUUAGUUGAACGAUAAAAGUGAAGCCUCGACUUCUAGGCCUUAUGUGUAGUCGCAACAUACAAAACUAAGUAAAUAUCACUGUUGAGUCUGAAGAAUUUAUUCAAGCCGUAGCUAUAUAUAAGAUAUUUUAUUAGUAACUAUUUAUGUACGAUGGGAGCUGAGAGAGAAACAGAGGAAUAUCUAGUUUUAAGACUUAAAACGUGCCAAAUAGAGUGUAAACACACAUGUUUCAAUUGAAAGUAAAUUAUUGAUGAUUCUAGGAAUUACUAAUAAUUUUUUUGUAAAAACUAAAUAGAUUCACAUAUUUAAGAUGUUUAAA